GGGCGGUGGGGCGCGGCGAUGGCCGGCAGCGGGGCACGCCCCGAGGCGGCCGGGCUGAGGCUCCCAGCCCCAUGAUGCUCGCCACUGCAGGACCCGAGCACCCUGGCCCGAGGCCCGAGCCUGCCAUGCCACUGCCACCUCUGAGCCCACAGGCACUCCCAGUGCUGUUGCUGCUGCUGCUGAUGGGGGGCAUGUGGGCGGCUGCGGGCUCACCCAGGACGGGAGGGGGUCUGCAGCCCCCCUUCCGCACCUUUGCAGCCAGUGACUGGGGCCUCACCCACCUGGUGGUCCAUGAGCAGACCGGCGAGGUGUAUGUGGGUGCAGUGAACCGCAUCUACAAGUUGUCUGGGAACCUGACGCUGUUGCGGGCACACGUGACAGGCCCCGUGGAGGACAACGAGAAGUGCUACCCACCACCCAGCGUGCAGUCAUGCCCGCAUGGCCUGGGCAGCACUGACAACGUCAACAAGCUGCUGCUGCUGGACUACGCCGCCAACCGCCUGCUGGCCUGUGGCAGCGCCUCCCAAGGCAUCUGCCAGUUCCUGCGGCUGGACGACCUCUUCAAGCUGGGUGAGCCGCACCACCGCAAGGAGCACUACCUGUCGAGCGUGCGUGAGGCAGGCAGCAUGGCAGGUGUGCUCAUCGCCGGGCCACCAGGACAGGGCCAGGCCAAGCUCUUCGUGGGCACACCCAUUGACGGCAAGUCUGAGUACUUCCCCACGCUGUCCAGCCGUCGGCUCAUGGCCAACGAGGAGGACGCCGACAUGUUUGGCUUUGUGUACCAGGAUGAGUUCGUGUCGUCGCAGCUCAAGAUCCCGUCAGACACGCUGUCCAAGUUCCCUGCCUUCGACAUCUACUACGUGUACAGCUUCCGCAGCGAGCAGUUUGUCUACUACCUCACCCUGCAGCUGGACACGCAGCUGACCUCGCCCGAUGCCGCCCGCGAGCACUUCUUCACCUCCAAGAUCGUGCGGCUCUGCGUGGAUGACCCCAAGUUCUACUCAUACGUGGAGUUCCCCAUCGGCUGCGAGCAGGCAGGUGUGGAGUACCGCCUGGUGCAGGAUGCCUACCUGAGCCGGCCCGGCCGAGCCCUGGCCCACCAGCUGGGCCUGGCCGAGGACGAGGACGUGUUGUUCACCGUGUUCGCCCAGGGCCAGAAGAACCGCGUGAAACCACCCAAGGAGUCGGUGCUGUGCCUGUUCACUCUCAGGGCCAUCAAGGAGAGGAUCAAGGAACGCAUCCAGUCCUGCUACCGUGGCGAGGGCAAGCUCUCGCUGCCCUGGCUGCUCAACAAGGAGCUGGGCUGCAUCAACUCGCCCCUGCAGAUCGACGACGACUUCUGCGGGCAGGACUUCAACCAGCCGCUGGGGGGCACGGUCACCAUUGAGGGCAUGCCCCUGUUCGUGGACAAGGAUGACGGCCUGACUGCCGUGGCUGCCUACGACUACCGGGGCCGCACUGUGGUGUUUGCUGGCACGCGCAGUGGCCGCAUCCGCAAGAUCCUGGUGGACCUCGCGAGCCCUAGUGGCCGGCCAGCCCUGGCCUACGAGAGCGUGGUGGCCCAAGAGGGCAGCCCUAUCCUGCGUGACCUUGUCCUCAGCCCCAACCGCCAGUACCUCUAUGCCAUGACAGAGAAACAGGUGACGCAAGUGCCUGUGGAGAGCUGUGUGCAGUACACGUCGUGUGAGCUGUGCCUGGGGUCGCGGGACCCCCACUGCGGCUGGUGUGUGCUGCACAGCACCUGCUCACGACAGGAUGCCUGUGAGCGGGCGGACGAGCCCCAGCGCUUUGCCUCAGACCUGCUGCAGUGUGUGCAGCUGACGGUGCAGCCGCGCAACGUGUCUGUCACCAUGUCCCAGGUUCCGCUUGUACUACAGGCCUGGAAUGUACCCGACCUCUCAGCUGGCAUCAACUGCUCCUUUGAGGACUUUACCGAGUCUGAGGGUGUCCUGGAGGAUGGCCGGAUCAACUGCCGAUCACCGUCUGCCCGGGAGGUGGCACCCAUCAUGCGAGGCCAGGGAGACCAGCGGGUGGUGAGACUCUACCUGAAGUCCAAGGAGACCGGGAAGAAGUUUGCCUCCGUGGGCUUUGUCUUCUACAACUGCAGCGUCCACCGGUCCUGCCUGUCGUGUGUCAAUGGCUCCUUCCCCUGCCACUGGUGCAAAUACCGCCAUGUGUGCACGCACAAUGCCGCUGACUGUGCCUUCCUAGAAGGCCGUGUCAAUGUGUCCGAGGACUGCCCGCAGAUCCUGCCCUCCACCCAGAUCUAUGUGCCGGUGGGUGUGGUGAAACCCAUCACCCUGGCUGCUCGGAACCUGCCACAGCCACAGUCGGGCCAGCGUGGCUAUGAGUGCCUCUUCCACAUCCCGGGCAACCCAGCCCGUGUCACCGCACUGCGCUUCAACAGCUCCAGCCUGCAGUGCCAGAAUUCCUCGUACUCCUACGAGGGGAACGAUGUCAGCGACCUGCCUGUGAACCUGUCAGUUGUGUGGAACGGCAACUUUGUCAUCGACAACCCCCAGGACAUUCAGGCCCACCUCUACAAGUGCCCGGCCCUGCGUGAGAGCUGUGGCCUCUGCCUCAAGGCCGACCCGCGCUUCGAGUGCGGCUGGUGUGUGGCCGAGCGCCGCUGCUCACUGCGCCACCACUGUCCUGCUGACUCGCCCACAUCCUGGAUGCACGCCCGCCACGGCAGCAGCCGCUGUGCUGACCCCAAGAUCCUCAAGCUGUCCCCCGAGACAGGCCCACGGCAGGGGGGCACGCGGCUUACCAUCACGGGCGAGAACCUGGGUCUGCGGUUCGAGGAUGUACGGCUGGGCGUGCACGUAGGCAAGGUGCUGUGCAGCCCUGUGGAGAGCGAGUACAUCAGCGCCGAGCAGAUUGUCUGUGAGAUCGGGGACGCCAGCACGGUGCGGGCCCACGAUGCCCUGGUGGAGGUGUGCGUGCGGGACUGCUCUCUGCACUACCGUGCCCUAUCGCCCAAGCGUUUCACUUUUGUGACUCCAACCUUCUACCGCGUGAGCCCCUCCCGUGGGCCUCUGUCAGGGGGCACCUGGAUUGGCAUCGAGGGGAGCCAUCUGAAUGCGGGCAGUGACGUGGCUGUGUCUGUGGGAGGCCGGCCCUGCUCCUUUUCCUGGUAUGGAGGCAGGAGGAACUCCAGGGAGAUCCGGUGCCUGACACCCCCUGGGCAGAGCCCUGGCAGUGCCCCCAUCAUCAUCAACAUCAACCGUGCCCAGCUCACCAACCCCGAGGUGAAGUACAACUACACCGAGGACCCCACCAUCCUGAGGAUCGACCCUGAGUGGAGCAUCAACAGUGGUGGGACCCUCCUAACGGUCACGGGCACCAACCUGGCCACUGUCCGCGAACCCCGAAUCCGGGCCAAGUAUGGAGGCGUUGAGAGGGAGAACAGCUGCGUGGUGUACAAUGACACCACCAUGGUGUGCCGAGCGCCGUCCGUGGACAACCCGGUGCGCAGCCCACCGGAGCUGGGGGAGCGACCGGAUGAGCUGGGCUUUGUCAUGGACAAUGUGCGUGCUCUGCUAGUGCUCAACUCCUCCUCCUUCCUCUACUACCCUGACCCCGUGCUGGAACCGCUCAGCCCCACGGGCCUCCUGGAGCUGAAGCCCAGCUCCCCGCUCAUCCUCAAGGGACGGAACCUCCUGCCGCCUGCGCCCGGCAACUCCCGGCUCAACUACACAGUGCUCAUCGGCUCCAUGCCCUGCACCCUAACCGUGUCGGAGACGCAGCUGCUGUGCGAGUCGCCCAAUCUCACAGGGCAGCACAAGGUCACGGUGCGGGCAGGUGGCUUCGAGUUCUCUCCAGGGAUGCUGCAGGUGUACUCAGACAGCCUGCUGACACUGCCUGCGAUCGUGGGCAUUGGUGGUGGGGGGGGCCUCCUACUGCUGGUCAUCGUGGCCGUGCUCAUCGCGUACAAGCGCAAGUCACGUGACGCUGACCGCACCCUCAAGCGGCUGCAGCUCCAGAUGGACAAUCUGGAGUCCCGUGUGGCCCUCGAGUGCAAAGAAGCCUUUGCAGAGCUGCAGACAGACAUCCACGAGCUGACCAACGACCUGGACGGUGCUGGCAUCCCAUUCCUCGACUAUAGGACCUAUGCCAUGCGGGUGCUCUUCCCUGGGAUUGAGGACCACCCUGUGCUCAAAGAGAUGGAGGUGCAGGCCAAUGUGGAGAAGUCGCUGACACUGUUCGGGCAGCUGCUGACCAAGAAGCACUUCCUGCUGACCUUCAUCCGCACCCUGGAGGCCCAGCGCAGCUUCUCCAUGCGCGACCGCGGGAAUGUGGCCUCGCUCAUCAUGACGGCCCUGCAGGGUGAGAUGGAGUACGCCACAGGCGUGCUCAAGCAGCUGCUGUCCGACCUCAUUGAGAAGAACCUGGAAAGCAAGAACCACCCCAAGCUGCUGCUGAGGCGGACUGAGUCGGUGGCGGAGAAGAUGCUGACCAACUGGUUCACCUUCCUCUUGUACAAAUUCCUCAAGGAGUGCGCAGGGGAGCCGCUGUUCAUGCUGUACUGCGCCAUCAAGCAGCAGAUGGAGAAGGGCCCCAUCGACGCCAUCACGGGUGAGGCACGCUACUCCCUGAGUGAGGACAAGCUCAUCCGGCAGCAGAUUGACUACAAGACACUGACCUUGAACUGCGUGAACCCCGAGAACGAGAAUGCACCCGAGGUGCCAGUGAAGGGGCUGAACUGUGACACGGUGACGCAGGUCAAGGAGAAGCUGUUGGAUGCCGUGUACAAGGGGGUGCCCUAUUCCCAGCGGCCCAAGGCUGGGGACAUGGACCUGGAGUGGCGCCAGGGCCGCAUGGCACGCAUCAUCCUGCAGGACGAAGACGUCACCACCAAGAUUGACAACGACUGGAAGAGGCUAAACACUCUGGCUCACUAUCAGGUGACAGACGGGUCCUCAGUGGCACUGGUGCCCAAGCAGACAUCUGCCUACAAUAUCUCCAACUCCUCCACCUUCACCAAGUCCCUCAGCAGAUAUGAGAGCAUGCUGCGCACAGCCAGCAGCCCCGACAGCCUGCGCUCACGCACACCCAUGAUCACGCCUGACCUGGAGAGCGGCACCAAGCUGUGGCACCUGGUGAAGAAUCAUGACCACCUGGACCAGCGCGAGGGCGACCGUGGCAGCAAGAUGGUCUCGGAAAUCUACCUGACGCGGCUGCUGGCCACCAAGGGCACGCUGCAGAAGUUUGUGGACGACCUGUUUGAGACCAUCUUCAGCACGGCGCACCGGGGCUCGGCCCUUCCACUGGCCAUCAAGUACAUGUUUGACUUCCUGGACGAGCAGGCCGACAAGCAUCAGAUCCACGAUGCCGACGUGCGCCACACCUGGAAGAGCAACUGCCUGCCCCUGCGCUUCUGGGUGAACGUGAUCAAGAACCCGCAGUUUGUGUUCGACAUCCACAAGAACAGCAUCACAGAUGCCUGCCUGUCAGUGGUGGCCCAGACCUUCAUGGACUCCUGCUCCACGUCUGAGCACAAGCUGGGCAAGGACUCACCCUCCAACAAGCUACUCUACGCCAAGGACAUCCCCAACUACAAGAGCUGGGUGGAGAGGUACUAUGCCGACAUCGCCAAGAUGCCUGCCAUCAGCGACCAAGACAUGAGCGCCUACCUGGCUGAGCAGUCACGGCUGCAUCUGAGCCAGUUCAACAGCAUGAGCGCCUUGCACGAGAUCUACUCCUAUAUCACCAAGUACAAGGACGAGAUCCUGGCAGCCCUGGAGAAGGACGAGCAGACACGGCGGCAGCGGCUGCGGAGCAGGCUGGAGCAGGUGGUGGACACCAUGGCCCUGAGCAGCUGAGCCCGGCCCUCAGCACAGCGGGAGGCGGAGCCAGAGGCGGCCCUCACCCACCUGUGCGGGGUGCCCAUGGCGCUCGGGGCAGGUGGCCCAGCGUCCUCCCGGCCCUCCUCCUCCUCUCCCCCCGCCUGGCAGGGGUCCCAGCUCUUUCGCUGAUGUGGAUGUGAGGUGCCUGCUGUGCCACCCCUGUGCCCAGAGCUGCUGGCACGGGGGCUAGGAGAGCACAGGAGGGACGGCUAGGGCCAGGGACCUUCGCCGACCAGUGGGAGCUGCCCGGCAGCCUUCACAGGAGAGGGCUUGAGGGGUGAGGCUGGGGCCUGCCCGAGGGAGGGGCAGCCAGCCUGGUUUGUCUCCUUGAGGUCAGGACGAGGGGCUGGAAUGUUGGCAGCUCCUGGCUUCCCGAGCUGCCACCAGCCGUCUGAGAGUCUGGGGUCUUGGUUGGCAGCCAGAGGGAGAGGCAAAAUGCCCAGUGCCAGGCAAGAGGAGCCGAGUUGGUCCUGGUCGCCACUGCCGCCUUCCAUGCCCAGCUCCCCUAUGUUAUUGCACAGCUGCCACCAUCCUCAGAUUCACCGCGUGCUCUGCGCGGCCGAGGCAGAGCGCCAUGUCCCCUCCCAUGGAGGGGCUGCAGGACGGCACUGCCACGUCUCCAGGUGGCUUCCACAUGGACCAGACAGCUCCCUUUCUGUCUUCAGGGCUGUGCCUCUGGGAGCCACCUGGUCUGGGGCUCCGGGUUACAGAGCGCAUGCUCCUGUUAUUUAUUGCCCCCACGUUCCCCCCCUGGUACCAGCUGCCUGUGAGGCAGGCUGAGCUCUCCCCACCAUGGAGCUCCAGGGUAGCCCCCAACCACCCUGCUUCCUCUCCCUCCAUCCUUCCUUCUCUCUCUCUCUUUCCACCCCCCGCCCCGUCUUCCCCAUCCCCAACAUCACCCCUGGUGGCUUCCAGUCUGGCAUCUUAGCAGUGUCUUGCCCCUUCAGAGCAGUGGGACAUCUGGGGCUGUUUUUGUUUUUCAAAGGGGAAAAAAAUCCUGCUGCAUUCUGCUUGGGCUGCAAGGGCCAGGCAGGGCCCCUCUGGCCACCAUGCUGACGUGGAUCUAUUUGGGCCAUGAGCAACAGGCAGGGACCAGAGGGACUGGAGGUCAGCUGCUGUCCACCCCACCCUCAGUGAGCAAGAUAGAAUGAAUUUUUAAUUAACACAAGUCUGUACAUAUAUAUAAAUAUAUAUAUAUGUGGCUCUAGCCUCGGUCUCCAGCCCCAGUGGGGUACUGUACAGUUAACUGAAGGAGAAGAUUCAUGGACACCUCAGAAUGAGAAGAUGAGGCGGUGGGAAAGCAGCACCAAGUGGUCAUGGAGAAAGCUGCCUGCUCUGCGCCUGCGACCUGCAGCCACUCUUCUGUUUGACAUCGGAAGGGAAGACUCCUCGCCUGUCCCCUGAGAGCUUCCAGGACGUGUAGGGUCUGUGCAUUAUGCAUGAUUGUGCUAGCGUUUAGUCUGAGUUGAUCUUUUUAAAACUGCAAGUGUUGAAUACUAGAGGUCGUUAGGCCCUUUUUUUAUGUUUUUUAAUUGAUUAGUCACUUGUAAAAGCAAACAAGCGGCCUGUCCCCUUUUCAAGUUCACUUUUUCGAUGGUACUAAAGAUUCCCACAGACUUUAAGGGACAGCUAACUGUGGCCAGACCCAGCCUCGGCACCCUUGGCCCAGGCCCUGAGGAAGAACACGCGCCCUGUGGGGCUCCUAGUCCCCUCAUUCCCCUCCUUAGCAGCAUGAGCCAGACUGGACACCGCGGAGAUCAGAUUAGGAGCCACCCUUCACAUGGGGUCAGUGUGAAAUUGGUGACCUGACUCAGGGAGCUCCUUGGUCCCAUGGGCACUGCAGCGGGGCCCAGUGUCGUCCUGUGCAUGCCCGGCUUGGGCUCUGGCCUGCCCCCCGCCCCCAGCCCACCAAAGGUGUGGGCUCACUCCCUGGCAGACUGGCCGGAGCUGAGGCUGGCAGUCUAGAUUGGGCUUUUUUGGUAGCCUCUUGUGUUGGCCAAGAUUCGCCUCCCCACACACAGCCUGUCUCCCUCCUGAUGCCUCCUGGCCGCACAGGGGUUGGAGUCUGUUUCCCCCACAGUCUUCCCUGGACGUGGGCUUCACAUUGAAGCCCCCGGUUCUUCCAGUUCUGCACGGGUCAGGUGCGGGCUCUGCAGCCCUGUCCCCUCAUCCGUAGGCUGCCCAGCCCUGGCAGGGAGUGGGCCCACCUUGCUCAGCCCUCCCAGUUUGCCCUUGACCCCUUGGGUGGUGGUAAUGGAGAAGGGUGUGCCCACCCAGCCACACUGCAGGGUGUGUCUAGCCGCAAGCACUUUAGCCGUAUCUGUUUACAUACAAGUUGAUUUGAGCUGAUUCUAGCCAUGCUGUCUGCCCAGUGCAGCAGGUCCCCAAGCAUUUCCACUGGACCCCACGCCUCUUGCUGAGUCAUGAACAUAGGCUCCAGUUUCUAUGUGUCACUAGUUCCCUCCUCCCAACUCUGCAGACCCUAGGAGCUGGGCCCAAGCCCCCUACCAUUAUUACCUCCCAGCGGCCUCCUGCCAGGAAGCUCCAAUCCCAAGCUCUGCUGCAGGCCUGGGUGGCCCUAGGGCCCCCUUUGUGCUCCAGGGGUGGUGAGACACUCCUGUGAGCCCUGUGUCUGCAGUUCCAGGGUGCAGGAGCCAGUGCCACAGCACAGGGUGCCAUUCAAGUGACACUCCACCUGGUGUGUCCCGGCCCAGACACUGCUGCUGUUGGCACCCUGCCAUGGGUAGCCUGCUUCUUGCAGCCCCCCACCCUGCCCAGGGCAUCUCCCUGGGACAGCUCACACUUGGGCCUGGGACAGCUUGCACUUGGGCCUGGGAGCCUGGCCUCUUGAUAUACCUCGAGCUUGCCCUGCACUCCCCAACUCUGGGGCCGCACUGGCCCUGGGCCACCUCUCCCUUGGCCUGAGGGUAUGGGGGCCCCCAAGACCCACAGCAAUGAGUCUCAGGCACCGGCCUGGCACCCUUUGUUUCCAUCAAGGGACCUGAGUGUCUCCCACCCUGGUCUGGCCUUGCCAAGAGAGCCUCCAUCCUGGUUUUCUCCCAGUUCAUGAUUUGAUGGCUCACGUCGUUGGUGCUACACAAGCUAGAAUAGAUAUAUUUAGAGAGAGAGAUAUUUUUAAGAUGAAGCCCACAAUUAGCUGUCCUUUAACACCGCCAAUCCCCCACCCAAAAGAAGAGCGAUCACUUUUGUGGUCUGAGCGGACAGUCUCUCGCCGCAGUUUCUAACAGAAGCGGCGCAGCUGACCAGAGCUCAGCUCAGAUGUGUAAAAUACCUACUGGCUGUUUCCUACUUUACUGAUCUUCAGAUUUAGUACUUGUACAUAAACACACACGUUAA